AUGAAUGCGUAAAUACAUCAGACAGGCUAAUUAAGGCCAUCUUACAAUUGUUCGCGAUGAGUAUUUGUUGAACUGCAGGUUGAAGUGGGCUCCCCAUUAUUUUUGGUUAAACAUUCCCACGAAACGUAAGACGUAUGGGUUGGUAGUCCGGUGGUGAGUUGCGAUCUGAUAAUUUGCUGUCAAUAUUGAAAAUGUCUAAGAAAACUGACAAGAGUAACAGCACUGUCUUGAGCUAUCGAGACAGCUUGCUAAGAAAGGCUGACGUGCAGCUUCUGCAAGGGCCACACUGGAUUAAUGAUGCAGUUAUUGGAUUUUACUUUGAGUACCUGGGGGAGAAAAUGCAUGAGCAGUCCGAAGGUUUAUUAUUCGUAAGCCCAGAAUUAACUCAACUGCUGAAACUCACGGAUACUUCUGAUUAUGGUAUGCUCUUAGAACCCAUAAGAGCAAAGUCAAAAUCGUUCAUAUUCUUUCCAUUGAAUAACUGCGAUGAUAAGGAAAGUCCUGGUGGCACCCAUUGGAGUCUUCUUGUGUAUUCUAAGAUAGAAAAGAUAUGCUUUCACUUUGACUCAUCUAAAGGUAUGAACAGUCAAGUUGCAAGAAAUUUUGCAACAAGUGUUAUAGACUACUUUGGAAUAAAGGGAAUAGGAUCGUACCUUGAAGUCGAUACACCACAGCAAAGUAAUGGUUACGACUGUGGAUUAUACGUUUUAUGCACUGCAGAGCUAGUUGCCAUCCACGCAGCAUUAAAGUCGCAAGUGAAAGGCUGUAAUUUUGUAGACCUUGAAGGAUUGGUCAAUGGAAAGCGAAAACACUUGAUAGAACUAAUUAAUUCUUUGAAAAAUAACGAAUCAUAAGUCGAUGGAUAACUGCGAUAGUAAUAGGGUAUGAAUAAAAAUUGAUUUAUUCGGUACAUAAAUAUACAUGUAUAAAUAUUAUUUUAGCUUUGUUGAAUACUUGGAAUAUUACAGUAGACAUUAGUAUCCUCAGACUGGAAAACCUUUUGUUUAGGCCUGUUGCUAAUUAAUAUAGGUAGAUUUCAUACUUUGUUUCAAGAAUCGAGGUAUUCAAUGGCAAUGUACUUUGUUACGUCUUUAGAAUACAUUCUUUGAGUAAGUUUAUUCCCGUUUUGUAAUAUUUUUG